UUGAAAAUAUCGUUUUUAGACACAACUUUUGGUGCACUUAGUUCUUGUUUUAUAUUUUAUAUAAGUAGUUUAAAUAUGAAUGAGCCUGAAUUUAAGAAAAAAUAUCAAAAAUAUAAAAUGCGUGUAAAAGUUUGGGAAAAGGAUUUUCGAAAAAAACAUGGCAGAAUUCCAUCGAAGUAUGAUAUACAAGAAGCACCUAGAGAAAUUCGAGAUUCCUAUAAAAUGUACUAUAAACUGAAAACUUCAUUUCUUGAAGACACUCUUAGUGAUGUAUUCACAGAGGAUGGAUUUGAUGUGUUGGAAAUAUCGCAAACAGAAGAAAAUAGUUUUGGUGAUUUUAACGACGAAGAAUUUAUAAACACCGCACCAAAUUUAUCUGCGAGUAUAAGUAAAUUAGUAGAUAAUAUUGGUAAUGAUACUGCAUCCUUUACCAAUUUACAAGAGCUACCAACACCAAACGCCAUAUCGAAUGUAGUUAAUGUAAACGAGAAUCAUGUUAUUAAAAAUUUUGAGGCUGUUGAAGAGCUCGAUAUUAAUAAAAAAGCUUGGGGAAGAAAUGUUAGUUCUACACCAAAUGCUACUGCUACCAAAUCGGAAAGUAAAUCUUUUAAACCAAACUUGAAUAUGAAGCUUUUUAGUUCAAGUUCCUUUUCAAAACGAAACCCCCGCAAAUCUCUCAAUCGUUCAAAUUUGGAUACAUCACUACGUUCAACUCAAAGCAAUAUUAGUACACCUAGCGGUCACAAACAUAUAGAUUUGCCCGAUUUGGAGACUAUACUGCUGAAAAAGGCUCACGAGCAACAAGCAACUGUAGUUUCCAGUAACCAAUUACUAUUGUCUGCCAAAUCGAAAGACGCCAUAAAGACUCAUGUCGACGAAGGUUGGCUGCAGAGGAAUUCAGCAUUUAUUAAUACCAAAUCUGAAAAUGUUAACUUAAAGACUGACCAAAAAGAUUUAGUUUUAAAUACAACUAAGGAGAAACGUCAUUAUGGUUUAUCAAAUAUAAAUGUUUCAAAUAUUAUCCAAAGCGAUAAAAGCAUAAAUUCCUUAGAAAUUUCAAACUUGAAAAAAGAGGAUUCACAAAUUGGAAGCACUGCUGUCGAACCUGCAUUUAAAAUUGUUAAACAAAUGAAAACAACAGUUAAAAGCGAUUCUGAUUCUGUAGUUUCUGAUAGUGGAGAGGAAACCGUAUCACAAGAAAUAAGACACAUUGUAAAACGUCGCAAAAUAGACCCUUCACAAGAGCAGAACAUUAAAGCUUUUAAAAAUCUAACAAACAUAUCAACAAAUAAAAAUAAAAAUGCUGAAUCAACAGAAAAAGUAAAUAAUUUAACUGAAUGUGAUGUUCCGGCAGAUGAUAAUAAAGAUGCACCUAUGAAAAGUAGAAUUGCAACAACAAAACGUGCAAAAAAAGUUAACAAAAAUGCACAGCGAAACAGCUCACUGAAUACAUCAACCACAAAUGACGAAUCAGCAAACGAUGACAUAAGUACAGACCAGCAAGUACUAAGGAAAAAAAGAGCAACUACUGGGACUACAUAUACUAAGAAUGUCCAAAAUAAUUCCGAUACUGAGGCGAAUAAGAAUCGACUAAACACUUCCACUGAGUACGAUUUUACAGAUGACGACAAAGAUGCUGACUAUCAAGCACCAAAAGCCAAUAGAAAAACUAUUGCAGCUAAACGCACCAAAAAACCGAAAAAUUCUACUGAACCAAAGGAUAAAAAGAUUCGUGCUUCCAAAAACAAAAAGGAAAAAACAACUGUAAAAAGAGACCGUAAGUCGAUGAAAGCAAAUACAAAUGAGUUGGAAGCUCGCGAAACGGAAGAACAAGAGGAACAACCAUUAAAUCCUGACGACUUAAAAUAUGCACUUGCUUUGGAAAAUAGUUCUAUUACAUCUAUGCCACGCAUUAAAAUAUCGGAAUUGGAUGCAGCGGACAACGUAGCGCAAAAUUAUAUAAAUACCUUUGAACAUAUAGCGAGUUCAUCAAGAGCCGAACAAAGACCUAUUGUAGAUGAGAAACGUGAGGCUGCACGUAAAAAGCUGGAAGCUAAAAUUGCGAGUGGAAAACUUAAUGAGAAUUUCGUUUCAAUAAAUAUACAAAAGAAAACAUUUGUUCGUGGCAAGAAAAAUAUAAACUAUUCGAAAUAUAAAAAGAAAAUGUGGAAGCAUAAGAAACGAAUUUCUGCGCUAACUGGUCCAGAUAUGGAUAUGGGUGGUUGUGAUGGAGGUGUACUUACGUGCUUUACUUGUGGACAAACUGGCCAUUUUGCACAGAAUUGUAAAAUAAAGUGUGACGGGUUGUUACCAUUGUCAGCGCAAAUAGAAGAAGAUCCUUCCCCGUUUCCGACAAUGGAGGAAGUAGAACAUAUGGCAUCACAAAAAGCUAUAUCCGUACAUAGCAGAAAUAUAUCAAAAUUACCUGCAUCUAGUAAUGCCGCUAUAUACCGAAAUAAGAGUGAAGAUCAAGAGGAGAAUAAUGCUGAAGAUUUUUCGGAAAGUGAUACGAACAAAGAGUGUGAAAAUAGCAUUGAAACAGAUGAAGAAUUAGAGAGUUUAGAUUUACAAGAUAUAUUAGCUGGUACGAGCGAAAAAGAACAUAAUAAUCCAGAACAAAUUUCUCCAAUUAAGAAGUAUGUUGGACACAAAAUUCCUGAAGAUUUUCUUGAAAAAGCUGGACUAAUUAAAAAUACAGAAAGUUCAAAUUCUGUAGGUGCUUUAUAUGACUUAAAUUCAGAUGGAACUGUAAAAGACGUAACCCCUGAAGUAAUAGAAGCUUUACAUUUGUUUGGACACACUAAUUUUCGAAAAGGUCAGGAUCGCGCAAUUAUGCGUAUUCUAUCUGGACUCUCUACACUGGUUACACUCAGUACAGGUAGUGGAAAAUCAUUGUGUUAUCAACUGCCCGCUUAUUUGUAUAGUCGACAAAAGAAAUCUAUUACUUUGGUUAUAUCACCUUUGGUAUCGCUUAUGGAAGAUCAAGUCACAGGAGUGCCACAUUUUUUACGCGCUCAUUGCCUUCACACCAACCAAACCCCGCAACAACGUCUCAAGGUAUUGCAGAUGAUAAGCAAUGGGGAAAUUGAUAUAUUGCUGGUAUCGCCAGAAGCAGUUGUUGCUGGUGAACGUUCCACUGGUUUUGGCUCUAUUUUAAGACAACUGCCUCCGAUAGCUUUUGCAUGUAUUGAUGAAGUUCACUGUGUCUCGCAAUGGAGUCAUAAUUUUCGACCAAGCUAUUUAAUGGUUUGUAAAGUUCUAAAGAAUAAUUUGGGUAUUAAAACAGUGCUUGGCUUAACUGCAACUGCAACCAAAACGGCGCGCAUGAGCAUAAUCGAUCAUUUGGGCAUACCGGAUCCUGAGUUUGGUAUCAUAAGUGACAUACCACUACCAGAUAACUUAGUGUUAUCUGCAUCAAAAGAUGAAAACAAAGAUAAUGCAUUACUUUAUUUAUUGAAUAGCAAAAGAUUUGAUCAGUGUCAAUCCAUUAUUAUCUACUGUACGAGACGUGAUGAAUGCGAACGUAUUGCUGGAUUUCUGAGAACUGUUAUGCAGGACCGUAAAGAUGAACCAGAAAAAACAAGUAAAAAUAAGAGGAAACGAGUGAAUUGGCAAGCUGAACCGUAUCAUGCUGGCAUGCCAGCAUCCAGGCGUCGCACUAUACAAAAUGCUUUUAUGAGCAAUGAACUUAGAAUUGUAGUAGCUACUAUAGCUUUCGGAAUGGGUAUUAAUAAGCCCGAUAUUCGUGCAGUGAUACAUUACAAUAUGCCGAGAAAUUUCGAAAGCUACGUUCAAGAAAUUGGUCGCGCUGGACGCGAUGGUAAAAUAUCACAUUGUCACCUAUUUCUGGAUUCUAAGGGUAACGAUCAAAAUGAAUUACGUCGCCAUAUAUAUGCAAACUCCAUAGAUCGUCAUGUUAUAAGAAAAUUAUUGCAAAAAGUUUUUGUGCCUUGCGCUUGCGAUAAAAAUAAUAAAAGGCAAGUAUGCUUAAACCAUAUCAUCUGUUCUCCGCUUAAAUUAUUAUAUAUGACUAGAUCGAUUUCUUUGGCAAAUGACCAGCGUAUUUGUCAGGGACAUGAAAUUGGAUUUGCUACGGAGAGCACAGUUGAAACGUUAGAUAUACCAGAAGAAAACAUAUCUACGUUAUUAUGUUAUUUGGAAUUGGAUACGAGAUGGAAUAUAAAUGUGCUGAGCUCAGCUUAUGUUAUGGCUAAAGUAAUUUCUUAUGGUGGCGCGAAAUAUUUAAAGUAUGCAGCUAAAGAAUGCCCACCACUUGCAAUGGCCAUUGCUUUAAAGAUAAAGAAUAAAACUUUCAAAGAAGAUGAGAACAUAAUUAACUUUUCUGUUGUAGAUAUUGCUGCUGCUAUUGGUUGGAAUAGCGGUGUCGUGAAGUAUCAGCUGAAAAACUUGGAAUGGAUACAAGUAAAUGGCAGAUCAACGCGUUCUUCCAUUAGUGUAAGUUUCUACGAUCUAGGAUUUCGCAUUAAAGCACCAGGAGAUUUUACAUCUGAAGAAAUCGAUGACGCUUUGGAUACGCUUUAUAAUCGUGCAGUCCAACAGGAGAAAACACAAUUAAUACAAUUGCAAUAUGUAUUCCAUGGCUUGUCAUCGGUAUCCUAUAAUAGUUAUGGACCUUGCGCAUCAGAGAACUUUAAGCAUGAUCGUUCGGAUCAAUUGAAGGCAAUUAUACGCGAAUAUUUCCGCAAUGAUUAUCCAAAAGAUUUAAAAUUAGAAACAGAGCCAAACUCUGAGCCCGAUGAUUACAUUAUAGGUGAUAUUAAUGCGAUUAUCAAUAUGUAUCCGGAUAAUGCUUUUAGUGGACGUAACAUUGCACGCAUAUUUCAUGGCAUAGCUAGUCCAAAUUAUCCAGCUGUGAUUUGGGGACGUUGCAAGUAUUGGCGGGCUCAUUCAAAUAGCAACUUUAACAAAAUUGUUCAAUUAGCUAACGCGGUUAUUGUUAAACGUCGUACUUGAUAUUAUGUUAUAUUUAUUUAUGUUAUAGAAAAAUGUUG